AUGGGCAAAGGGUGGGGUGUUGAGAGGGAGAUGGGCAAACAAUGGGGUGGGGAGAGGGAGACGGGCAAACGGUGGGGGGGGGGAGAAGGAGAUGGGCUCACGGUGGGGUGGGGAGAGGUAUAUGGGCAGAAGGUGGGGUGGGGAGUGGUGGAUGGGCAAAGGGUGGGGUGGGGAGAGGGAGACUCGCAAACAGUGGGGUUGGGGAGAGGGAGAUGGGCAAAGGGCGGGAUGGGGAGAGGUAUAUGGGCAAACUGGUUGGGUGGGGAGAGGUAUAUAGGCAGAAGGUGGGGUGGGAAUUGGUGGAUGGCAAAAGGGUGGGGUGGGGAGAGGGAGAUGGGCAAAGUGUGGGGUGGCAAGAGGGUGAUGGGAAAAGGGUGGGGAGGGGACAGGGAGAUGGGCAAACGGUGGGGGGGGGAGAAGGAGAUGGGCUCACGGUUGGAUGGGGAGAGGGAGAUGGGCAAACGGUGGGGGGGUGAGAAGGAGAUGGGCUCACGGUGGGGUGGGGAGAGGGAGAUGGGUGAACGGUGGGGUGGGGAGAGGUAUAUGGGCAGAAGGUGGGGUGGGGUGUGGUGGAUGGGCAAAGGGUGGGGUGGGGAGAUGGAGACUCGCAAACGGUAUAUGGGAAGAAGGUGGGGUGGGAACUGGUGGAUGGGCAAAGGGUGGGGUGGGGAGAGGUAUAUGGGUAGAAGGUGGGGUGGGGUGUGGUGGAUGGGCAAAGGGUGGGGUGGGGAGAGGGAGACUCGCAAACGGUGGGGUGGGGGGAGGGAGAUGGGCAAAGGGUGGGGUGGGGAGAUGGAGAUGGGCAAACGGUGGGAAGGGGGAGAAAAAGAUGGGCUCACUGUUGGGUGGGGAGAGGUACAUGGGCAAACGGUGGGGUGGGGAGUGGUGGAUGGGCAAAGGGUGGGGUGGGGAGAGGGAGACUCGCAAACGGUGGCGUGGGUAGAGGGAGAUGGGCAAAGGGUGGGGUGGGGAGAGGGAGAUGGGCAAACGGUGGGGUGGGGAGAGGGUGAUGGGCAAGGGUGGGGUGGGGAGAGGGAUAUGGGCAAACGGUGGGGGGGGGAGAAGGAGAUGGGCUCUCGGUGGGGUGGGGAGAGGGAGAUGAGCAAACGGUGCGAGGGGAGUGGUGGAUGGGCAAAGGGUGGGGUGGGGAGAGGGAGAUGGGCUCACGGUGGGGUGGGGAGAGGUAUAUGGGCAAACGGUGGAGUGGGGAGUGGUGGAUGGGCGGAAUAG